CAAAAGUUUGCAUUGGUCUUACUAAUGAUAAAAUCAAAACUUAUGCAAUGAAAAGCCCAUCUGAAUUUGAUGGUUCCAAGAGUAUUAUCAAAGCUACUAAAACUUUGUUUUCAAAUAAAUUUUUUGAAGGUAAUUCAUUUUCUUAUACAAAAUUAAUAGAAGAAAAUUUACAACUCCAACAAGAUUUAUGUAUGAAUGCUAAGUGGUUAUUGGAAAAGGAUACUUUAAAUGUUAAAA